AUGCCAAAAGCUAUAAAGCAAGAUCAAAAACUCCGCCAUGAUCCCUUACAUAUGGAGCUGGCGCAGGAGGGAGGAGUUUUGAGAUCUCAGACGAAAAGUAAAGCUGGCCGAGCUAAGAAGGUCGGUGAGGACUCAGAAGACAAGGCAGAGGGCUUUGUUGGAGCUAGCUUAUCACGAAAAAUUCUUCAGAUUGCUAAGGAGCAGCAAGACGAGAUUGAACAGGAGGAAAACCAAGGAUCAGCAAGAAAUAGAUCAAGUGCGAAUUUCGGUUUCGACGAUGAAGACAUCACCGGCCGUUUUGGUAAUGAUGAUGAAGAAUCUGACGACGAAGAUUAUGAAGACUACGAAGAGAUCGAGGAGAUUGAGAUCGAUCCUGAAGAGGAUGCUUUAUUCAACAAAUAUAUUGCGCCUGUAGACGGUGAAGAAAAUGAGGACGGUACAGUUGUUUUGAACCUGGCUGAUAGAAUUAUGGAAAAAAUCCGAGAAAAAGAGAUGAUGGAAGCCGCCGCUAAUGGUAAAAUGUCAAACUCUCGAGGAGAUGAUUCUGGUGAGCCUGAAGGUGUCAUGCUUCCUCCUAAAGUUAUUGAAGUCUACACUAGGGUUGGUGAACUACUAGCGAGAUACCGUUCUGGUAAACUUCCCAAAGCGUUUAAAAUCAUUCCUUCUCUUAGAAACUGGCAAGAUAUUCUUUAUGUCACCAAUCCUGCUGCUUGGUCGACACAGGCUGUUUAUGAAGCAACUAAGCUAUUUGUUUCUAACCUUAAGGCUAACCAAUCACAAAAGUUCAUUACCAACAUUCUAUUAGAAAGAUUCAGGGAUGACAUUCAAGCUAACAAGACUUUAAACUACCAUGUAUACCGUGCACUCAAAAAGGCUCUUUAUAAGCCUGCUGCUUUCUUCAAAGGAUUUUUGUUCCCUCUGUGCGAGUCGGGUACAUGUACAUUAAAAGAGGCUGUGAUUGCCGGCUCAAUUCUCAGUAAAGUGUCGGUUCCAGCAUUGCAUUCCGCUGCUGCCUUGCUGAGAUUGGCUGACAUGGAGUAUUCCGGUCCCAACUCUUUAUUUAUCAAGAUUCUUCUCGACAAGAAAUAUGCCCUACCUUAUAAGGUCGUUGAUGGAGUGGUGUUCCACUUCAUUCAAUUCAGAGCUGUGGAAUCACAGUUACCGGUAGUAUGGCACCAGUCUUUGCUGGUAUUUGCUCAAAGAUAUAAAAACGAUAUAACCGAGGACCAGAGAGACUCUAUAAUGGCUGUGUUGAAGAUUCACAACCAUAGUUCCAUCACCCCCGAGAUCCGUAGAGAGCUUCUUUCUGGAGCCACUAGACAGUUGGCUACGGGUCAAAUGGACUUGAAUUAG